GUGAAAAACAUAAACCAAAGUGAUAGAAGCAGCUGUGGUGGUGCCGGCCAGCCGACAAUUACGGGAGCCAAUGUGGGUCCCAUCACUUUUAUAAACUAAAAUCACCUCUUCACUUUCCUUCACAUCUUUCUUUUCUCAUUGUUUAGUGUUCUGUUGUGUUUGUUACUUUGUUUCCUCGUUCAUGGCUUCUUCAUCAUCUUCUUCUGCGAACCGUGAAGGACACUACAGAGGUGUUAGAAAGCGACCAUGGGGACGCUACGCUGCUGAGAUUCGUGAUCCCUGGAAGAAGACACGAGUUUGGCUGGGUACAUUUGAUACUCCUGAGGAAGCUGCACUUGCUUACGACGGCGCUGCUCGUUCUCUCCGUGGAGCUAAAGCUAAAACAAACUUCCCUCCGGCUCCGGUCCCCGGCGGGCUUUGUCUCGACCUCAACGCUCCUUCUACUGGCCUAACCACUUGGCCACCAGUUCCGUCACGCAGCUUGGUUCUCACUGAGUUUCUCCAAACCAGUGUUCUCAAGGAUUUUAACCCUCCUCAGCCUCCUCCCAUCGCCGCCGUCAGUGGACAGAGACGUAAUGACGCUGCUCUUCCGGUUUCCGCCAGAGUUCAGAUGGUUGAGAACUCACCAACAGCGGCUUACUUGGGACUUGUCCGACGUGGGAUCCCGAUUGACCUCAACGAACCUCCACCGUUGUGGCUUUGAAAAACCCUAGAAAAAAGUGUAGCGUAAAUGAAACCCUUCGACGGCGUCGUUUUAGGUUCUUAUCUAUAAUUAGUGUAAUCUUGUCUCUUUUUUCUCUCUUAUUAGCAUCAUAAUUAUCAUGAAGCGGAGUGUAUCCAUCUAAAUGUAAUGUAUCUAAGUCUAUCUAACAUUUUAGAAGAAAAAAAAAUGAAAUUUAGUAUCUUAUGAUAAUUUAUUUUACUAAUUUUCAUAUUAG